UGUGCCCCCCUAGGGGACCCCGGGGACCCCGAGCCCCCCGAGGAGGACGCGGAGGCGGCGCAGGCAGAGGCGGCCGAUGGGGACAUGGACGGAGAGGCUGAGGGGGACACAGUGGUCCUGGCUGGGCAGCCUGAGGGGCUCAGCACCCAGGAGAUGCAGGUGGAGAAUGAGCUGGAGGAUCUCAUUGACGAGCUGCUGGAGCGGGACGGCGCCGAUGGGAACAGCACCAUCAUCGUGAGUCGCUCAGGAGAGGAUGAGUCACAGGAGGACGUUUUGAUGGACGAGGCCCCCUCCAACCUCAGCCAGGCCUCCACCCUCCAGGCCAACCGAGAAGACUCCAUGAACAUCCUGGACCCCGAGGACGAGGAGGAGCACACACAGGAGGAGGACAGCAGUGGCAGCAAUGAGGAUGAGGAUGACAGCCAGGAUGAGGAAGAGGAGGAGGAAGAAGAGGAUGAGGAUGAUCAGGACGAUGAGGAGGGCGAGGAGGGGGAGGAAGAGGAGGAUGAUGAUGAUGGCUCGGAGAUGGAGCUGGACGAGGACUAUCCCGACAUGAACGCGUCGCCCCUCGUGCGCUUCGAGCGCUUCGACCGCGACGACGACCUGAUCAUCGAGUUCGACAACAUGUUCUCCAGCCCCACCGACAUCCCCCCAUCCCCCGGGAACAUCCCGGCCAGCCACCCGCUGCUGGUGCGGCACGCGGAGCACGGGGGGCUGGGGCUGGGGGGCGGCGCGGGGGGCACCCGCCUGGCCCAGGGGCUGGGCCGGAGCCAGCGGACGCUGCGGCAGCUCACGGCCAACGCCGGCCACACCAUCCACGUGCACUACCCGGGGGCUCGGCAGCCCAACCCCCCCGGUGCAACCAAAUGCCUGGGAUUCCCCCAAAAUGGGCAAAGGGUGUGGGUUUGGGGGGGCUCCCUCAUUCGUGGUCCCCCCCCAAAGUUGAUCCCUGCGUGUAUCCUCCCCCAUCCCCCCAUCCCAGAACACAGCGGGACGACGGGAGAGACCCCCCCUCCCGGUCCCCACCGGACCCUGGUGAUGCUGGAACCGACGCCGACCCCCCCAGAUCCCCCCCCAGGAGCCCCCCAAAUUCCCGCUCGCCCCCCACAACCCCCCGAGCACGAGGAGGGGGGACCAGGACGACCCCCGCAAGACGCCGAGGCCACUCAGAUGGAGCUGUCGCCUGCCCCCACCAUCACGUCGCUGUCCCCGGAGAGGGCCGAGGACUCGGACGCACUGACGGCUGUGAGCAGCCAACUGGAGGGGUCCCCCAUGGACACCUCAAGCUUGGCCUCCUGCACCUUGGAAGAGUCAGGGGGGGCUCCCCCUCCUCCCACAGCCCCCCAAAACCCACCUGGGACUCCCCAGGGACCCCCACCCGCCCCCCCCGACACCGCUCAGCCACCCGACGAUAGUUCCCCUCCUGCCUCGUCCUCGGAGAGCUCGUCCACCCGGGACUCUGCCGGGGCCAUUUCGGGGGCUGACUCGCGGGGGAUCCUGGAGGAGCCACUGCCAUCCACCAGCAGUGAGGAGGAGGAUCCACUGGCCGGGAUCAGCCUGCCGGAGGGCGUGGACCCCUCAUUCCUGGCGGCCCUUCCCGAUGACAUCCGGCGGGAGGUGCUGCAGAACCAGCUGGGGAUCCGCCCCCCUGCCCGGGCCCCACCCAGCGCCAGCCCCGCCCCACCCGUGGUGGCCAAUCCUGGCCUGACUGAGGUCAGCCCCGAGUUCCUGGCGGCGCUGCCACCGGCCAUCCAGGAGGAGGUGCUGGCGCAACAGCGAGCGGAGCAGCAGCGGCGGGAGCUGGCGCAGGCCACGGGCUCGGACGCGCCGAUGGACCCGGUGACGUUCAUCCAGACGCUGCCGUCGGAGCUGCGGCGCUCGGUGCUGGAGGACAUGGAGGACUCGGUGCUGGCGGUGAUGCCACCGGACAUCGCGGCCGAGGCGCAGGCCUUGCGGCGCGAGCAGGAGGCGCGGCAGCGGCAGCUCAUGCACGAGCGGCUCUUCGGCCACUCCAGCACCUCAGCGCUCUCGGCCAUCCUGCGCAGUCCCGCGUUCACGAGCCGGCUCAGCGGGAACCGGGGGGUUCAGUACACGCGGCUCGCGGUGCAGCGUGGGGGCACCUUCCACAUGGGGGGCACCGGCACCCACAGCAGGCCGGCGGGCAGCAGCGUGGACAGCCUGCUCCGGCUGCGCGGGCGGCUGCUCCUGGACCACGAGGCCCUGUCGUGCCUCCUGGUGCUGCUCUUCGUGGACGAACCCAAGCUGAACACGAGCCGCCUGCACCGGGUGCUGCGCAACCUGUGCUACCACGCGCCCACGCGGGGCUGGGUGGUCCGCAGCCUGCUGUCCAUCCUGCAGCGCAGCAGCGAGAGCGAGCUGUGCCUCGAGACCCCCCGCGCGCCCCCCGGGCCGGGCCCCGGCACGGAGGAGCGGCCGCGCAGCCGCGGCGCCCGCGGGACCCCCGGCUCGGCCGCGGAGCCCCGCGGGCUGGACCUGCUGCACCGCGUGGAGUCACGCAGCUCCGGGCAGCUCUCCUGGCUCUCCGUGUCCAUGGACGCGGCCCUGGGCUGCCGCACCAACAUCUUCCAGAUCCAGAGGGUGCCGGGCCGCAAGCACACGGAAAAACACGCGGCGGCCGCCGGCUCUGCCGUCCACAUCCACCCCCAGGCUGCCCCAGUCGUGUGCCGGCACGUCCUCGACACCCUCAUCCAGCUGGCCAAGGUCUUCCCCAGCCACUUCACCCAACAGCGAGGCCGAGACCCAGCGACAACCGACCCGGAACGCGACCGCGGCCCCCCCAAAUCAGGGGGCAGCCCUUGCCCCCCUCCACCUCCCCAGACCCCGCCGGCUCCCCCACCCCCUCCCCCCCCUUCCGGCGCACCCUCCCCCGCCCCUCCCCCACCCUCCGGCAGCCUCUCCACCGAUUUUUGGGACCUGCUGGUGAAGCUGGACAACAUGAACGUGAGCCGGAAGGGGAAGGGUUCUGCGCGGGCAGGGGGCGGCGGGGGGGGCCCUGAGCCCGAGGCCGCCGGGGGGGGCCUGGAGGCGUCGCCCCUGGGGCAGCUGAUGAACAUGUUGUCCCACGGCGUGAUCCGGCGCAGCCCCCUCCUCACUGAGAAGCUGCUGCGCCUCCUGUCCCUCAUCUCCAUCGCCCUCCCCGAGGGGGGCAAGGCUGCCGAGGGGGGGGCCACGCCCCAGAACGGAGCCUCUGCACCCUCUGCCCCCGCCACGCCUGCAGGGGCGGCUGCGGCGGCUUCGGGGGGGGCAACGGCACCCGGGAGCCCCCCGGCACAGGGGGGUAACGGCAGCGGCACGGCCACAGCGGGGGCUGGAGGCACUGGAGCCCCAGCCAAGAGCUCCAAGUCCCCGGCCAAGGUCCCUGAGGGGGGUUCCGAGCCCCGGCUGGCGGCCACGGGCCUGACUGAGGCCCAGCUCCAGCUCUCCGUGGAGGUGCUGACGUCCCACUCAUGCUCAGAGGAGGGGCUGGAGGAUGCGGCCAACGUGCUGCUGCAGCUGUCGCGGGGGGACGCGGGGACCCGGGACACCGUCCUGCGGCUGCUGCUCAGCGGGGCCCGGCAGCUGGGGGGGUCCCUGUGCCGCCAGAUCGGGACUCUGCUGGCCGAGCUCCGUGAGUACAACCUGGAGCAGCAGCGCCGAGCGCAGCUUGAGGCUCCCUCCCCUGAGGGGCUCCCCGAGGAGCAGCCGCCCAGCGCCAAACUCAAGGGCAAGAUGCAGAGCCGGUUCGACACGGCGGAGAGCGUGGUGAUCGUGGCGUCGCAGAAGCGCGCCCUGGGCGGGCGGGAGCUGCAGCUGCCCUCCAUGUCCGUGCUCACCUCCAAGACGUCCACGCAGCGCUUCUUCCUGCGGGUGCUGCAGGUCAUCAUCCAGCUGCGGGACGACACGCGCCGGGCGCACCGUAAGGCCAAGCCCCCCGGCCGGCUGGGCGCCGGGGGCCUGGGGGCGGCCGGCAGCAUCCAGGCCGCCGUCCGGCAGCUGGAGGCCGAGGCCGACGCCAUCAUACAAAUGGUACGUGAGGGCCAGAGGGCCCGGAGGCGGCAGCGGGGAGACACGCCCUCCUGGUGUGGGGCAAUCCCAGUCUCACCCAAACUGGGCUGUACUGGUGUGUGGGGUGGAGUCAAUGGGCACAGGGGGGGUCCUGACUUUGUGUCCCACCGUCCUCCAGGCUCGGAGGGGUCGCAGGGUGGGGAGCGGGACGAGAGGCCCCCCGAGCUGCCCCUGCUGAGCGAGCAGCUGUGCCUGGACGAGCUCUGGGACAUGCUGGGCGAGUGUCUGAAGGAGCUGGAGGAGUCCCACGACCAGCAUGCUGUGCUCGUUCUCCAGCCGGCGGUCGAAGCCUUUUUCCUGGUUCACGCCACGGAGCGGGAGAGCCGCCCCCCGGUGCGGGACACGCGGGAGAACCAACUGUCCCACAUCAAGGAUGAGCCCCCCCCGCUGUCCCCUGCCCCCCUGACCCCCGCCACACCCUCAGCCCUCGACCCCUUCUUCUCCCGGGAGCCCUCGGCCAUGCACAUCUCAGCCAGCCUGCCCCCCGACACCCAGAAAUUCCUGCGCUUCGCUGAGACCCACCGGACGGUGCUGAACCAGAUCCUGCGCCAGUCCACGACCCACCUGGCCGACGGCCCCUUCGCCGUCCUCGUCGACUACAUCAGGGUGCUCGACUUCGACGUCAAGCGCAAGUACUUCCGUCAGGAGCUGGAGCGCCUGGACGAGGGGCUGCGCAAGGAGGACAUGGCCGUGCACGUGCGGCGCGACCACGUCUUCGAGGACUCGUACCGGGAGCUGCACCGCAAGACCCCCGAGGAGAUGAAGAACCGCCUGUACAUCGUGUUCGAGGGCGAGGAGGGGCAGGACGCGGGGGGGCUGCUGCGGGAGUGGUACAUGAUCAUCUCGCGGGAGAUGUUCAACCCCAUGUACGCCCUGUUCCGCACGUCCCCCGGCGACCGCGUCACCUACACCAUCAACCCCUCGUCCCACUGCAACCCCAACCACCUGAGCUACUUCAAGUUCGUGGGCAGGAUCGUGGCCAAGGCCGUCUACGACAACCGGCUGCUCGAGUGCUACUUCACCCGCUCCUUCUACAAGCACAUCCUGGGCAAGUCUGUGCGGUACACAGACAUGGAGAGCGAGGAUUAUCACUUCUACCAGGGCCUGGUUUACCUGCUGGAGAAUGACGUGUCCACCCUGGGCUACGACCUCACCUUCAGCACUGAGGUGCAGGAAUUCGGGGUGUGCGAGGUCCGGGACCUGAAGCCCAACGGGGCCAACGUGCUGGUGACGGAGGAGAACAAGAAGGAAUACGUGCACCUCGUGUGCCAGAUGCGCAUGACCGGGGCCAUCCGGAAGCAGCUGGCGGCGUUCCUGGAGGGAUUCUACGAGAUCAUCCCCAAGCGCCUCAUCUCCAUCUUCACGGAGCAGGAGCUGGAGCUGCUCAUCUCGGGGCUGCCCACCAUCGACAUCGACGACCUCAAGGCCAACACCGAGUACCACAAGUACCAGGGCAACUCCAUCCAGAUCCAGUGGUUCUGGCGGGCCCUGCGCUCCUUCGACCAGGCCGACCGCGCCAAGUUCCUGCAGUUCGUGACGGGCACGUCCAAGGUGCCCCUGCAGGGAUUCGCCGCCCUCGAGGGCAUGAACGGCAUCCAGAAGUUCCAAAUCCACCGGGAUGACCGGUCCACGGACAGACUGCCCUCGGCCCACACGUGCUUCAACCAGCUGGACCUGCCGGCCUACGAGAGCUACGAGAAGCUGCGGCACAUGCUGCUCUUGGCCAUCCAGGAGUGCUCCGAGGGCUUUGGGCUGGCCUAGGGGGGCUUAGGCCUGGCCUAGGGGGGGGUCCCAACCCACCCCCGGGGGCUUCGGGCUGGACUGGGGGGAGUCUGAACUCUCUGGAGGGGCUUUGGCCUGACCUGGG